CAAAGCGUUAAAUGAGGAUCACUUACUUCUACUUCCGGGUGGGGGGGAGUUAAGGACGCUUUGAAAGAGAGCGGGAAAUGGCAGCCGAGAUGGAGGCGCUGCAGCUGACUGGGGCUGCGGCCGGUUGUCCUCCGCUGCUGCGUCAGGAGCCCCGAGUGCAGUGCCUUUCACGCCGAUGGACGGCCGAGUUGCUGGAUCAUUGCAGACCAUUCGUGCGCAGACUCGGGGCCGGUCAGGCUGUUGAGACCGAGAACUUAGAACAGGCUGUGGGGGAAGCGCUUUGGAACUUUGAAACAGCUGUACAAGAGAAUAUCACUGUUAAUGGGCAGCCAUGGCAGGAAUCAUCAAAUCUUCAAAAUGACACAGAUAUUAAACUCCUUGAAGAUCAGCUUGACGAAUUAAUUGUGGAAGUGGCUUCCAAGCGUAGUCAGUAUCCUAGAAAAAUGCAAAUAAAUGUUGUUAAAGGCAUUAAAAUGCAACAAAAAUUAUUGGGCUAUCAACCUUUUGUGAACUGUCAAGACAUAAAAGUUGAACCUUCUCAAGAUCAGUCUAUGGUAGAACUGAGACUUUCAACAAAAACUUUGUCUAGACAUACUGGAGAAUCAUUUAAGUCGCUGUCAUCCCUUGUAGAAAGAGCAGAAGGCUUCUCAAAAGCAUUGUCUUUACAACAAACUUUGGAACAAUGCAGACUCCAUCAAGAAAUCAUGUUUGGUUCUGAAGUUAAAAAAGAGGAUAAAAAUGAUGUCAAAAACCUUACAUCACAAGUGGAAGUUAUACCUUCACAAACUGCUAGCGGUAAUUCUAUUCUACUCAAAAUAAAGAGAUCAUCAUGCUCUCCACAGAGACGCUACCCACUCCGACAAAGAAAACUUAGUCACACUACAUGAACACAGCCAUUCAGUUUUUCUGAUUUUUUUGUUUAUAUAGCAUCCUUAGUGAUCUCCUGGAAUCCAUAUAAUCAAACAAAUUUUGUUUGAUAGUGAUGAAGUUCAAUACUGGAUCUCUUUACAUAGCUACUCUAUAAAAUACUGGAGCAUAUUAUUAAAUUUUAACAUUUUUGUUUGAAACUAAAUUUGCCUACAGUAUAUUACAGCAGAAUGAUCUUCUACAAGGACUUUGACUUGUUUAUGAAAACAUAAAUGCUUUAAUGGUAAUCUUUCCAAACAUUAGGUAAUGCUCUUGAUACAUGAAGUUGUACAUUUCCAUAGCAAAGAAUCUUGCUGAGUGGAACUUCAAAAGAACUAUAAGCAGAGCAUCUGUAACUGGAGUUUCAGAGAACAACUCCUGAAAUUUCUGAGGCAAAUCCUCAAUCCUUUAGAUGCACAUUGAGGGGUUUCUGGUUCCCUGUAACUGUUUGUGGAUUUCUAUAUCAGUAUACUUUUAAAAUGAGCUCAACUUGUGUAUAUGUUCAUUAUAGCUAUAGGCCGGGGUUAAAGAUUAAAGUAUUUAGCUGCAGAUUGUGUCUUCACUAUAGUCUAAAAACUAAUGAGGAAGAAGUGUAGUUUGGUGCUAAUAUACAGGUAGUCCUUGACUUACAACAGUUUAGUGACCGUUCAAAGUUACAAUGGCACUGAAAAAAGUAACUUAUGGCCAUUUUUCACACCGAGGACUGUUGUAGCAUCCCCUUGGUCACAUGAUCAAUAUUUGGAUGCUUGGCAACUGGUUCAUGUUUAUGUGAUCAGUCACGUGAUCAGUUUUUGUGACCCAACAAGCAAAAUCAAUGGGGUAGCCAGAUUCACUUAAUGUUACUAACUAAAAUCUGCAAUGAUUCACUUAACAACUGUGGCAAGAAAAGUUGUAAUAUAGGGCGAAACUCGCUUAACAAAUAUCUCACUUAGCAACAUGAAUUGGGGUUCAAUUGUCCUAAGUCAAGGACUACCUGUAUUGCUCUUUCUCUCCUGCAUUCCCUUUUCCCUGAGCCAUGACAAGUCUUCUGGGAAUUUGAUGGGGGAGGACUACAAUGUACUUCCACAUCAUCAUUUAGUAAAUGGUCAAGUUGCAAAGAAAUACCAAGUUUUGUGCUCCCGAGAAACUAUCAAUAGUGGAUGUUUUGUUUUACUUUGCUGAUUUUCAUGGUAUCCAAAUUAAAAGAGGGCUAAUUGAGUUGGCCUUCAAUCUAUAUCUCAAGAAGAUAUAGUAAUUGUAAGAUUACCAAUCUAUAUAUUAGUUAAAAAUCAUUUUGCCUAUUAUGUAAUUAUACAGUUCUAGUAAAUUAAUUUUACAAUAAGGUGUUUUCAAUUGAAGUUGGUUUUUCCAUUUUUAUUCUUGUGAAAAGAAUUUUUUAUAAUAGUUGAUCUUUGAAUAUUUAGAGGUCUUUUUUCUAAAUCAAAUUAGACUGUAAUUUGAAUUGCAUACAGGAAACAAGCCAGGUGACAGAGUCUAAUAGGCUUGCUUAUGCAAUAUAUAUUCAAGGAGAGCUAUAAAAAAGUAAUUCUGGACUUGGUAUUGCUGAAGUUGUGUUGUAAAUUACCAGUAUUUUCCCUUAAUUUUUUUAAAACUCAGUUCCUCCAGGUUUCUGAACUUCAAGUGCCUUUUUUUUGGAUUUUAAAAUAUAAUUGUGAUCUAUAAAUUUUCUAAAUCAGCAUUAUACCAUUUUCUCUUUUUUAUUACUGUAUUUAUGGUACGAGACUAAAAACCCAGGAGACUGUGAAUUCUAAUCUUAUUUUAACCAUUAAAGCCAGCUUGAUGACUUUGAGUCAUUUACUGUCUCACUCUCAGCUUUCGACGUCAUGCUCAGGAGAGAAGCCAUUCAUUCAAUUCCUGCAACAGCCAAUGGAUCAACACUUAGUUGAUCUACCACCACCACCACCACUGCCUCCAAGAUGGCUUUCUGAAUCAGCAGGGUUUUUUUUCUUCCCCUGCUAACAGAUAGCUGGUUUCUUUGGCAGUACGCUUCCUGGAUUUGAAUGAGAGCUACUAGGAAUGGCCCAAAAUGUCCCUCAGAUGACUGUGGACCUACCUGAGAAGAGGGCCUAGAAAGUUGCAAUUUUCAAUGGGAGUGGUCAGAGGGCUGGGCCUCCAUCUUUUCCUACCAGCUGCCUGUUGCCUUAAGAACGCCUAGGUUUUAACAGCAUGUUUUGAUAUUUUCUUUUUUGAUUUUUACUUUUAAAUGUUAAUGACUAGUUAACAUGAGACAUAGCAGACUCUGGGUAGUGAAAAAGAUCUGAUUUUUACGUUUGUAUGAAACUUUCACUAUAAGGAUUUCAUACUUUAUAAUUUUUUUAAAAGUCCGGUCUUAAUUUUUAAAAGAAAAUUGAUGAAAAUCUCUCUUUUUUAUGCUGGGAAAGUUCUUUUCAAUGUUUUUCAAGGCUAAUUUGCAUGAUGCUUUUCCUGUUUUUCAGAGGAGCUUUGUAUGAUUGGCUGUAAAAGUUCAGCUGCAAAAGUUUAAUUAUUGAAGUAUCGUAGACUAUAUCAAAAUAUAGUCAAAAUACAAACAAUAAGACAAAGCUUUUGGGGAAAGUUCGGAAAAAAGAAUACUUUUCAAUUUACAAGCCCAAUUUGAAUAUUUGGAUAAAAAUAUUCAACCACCUCGAAGAAGGUAACCAAAUGCAACAGCAGUUGUAUCAGAUGGAUAGGAAUGUAAUUUGCUGCCGGCAGACCUGAAGGAUGAAGCUGAUUUGGAAAAUGCAAGUUACUUAGGAGGUAUGGAUUGUAAAGGCAAAGUUAAUAGAAUUUUCCAAGGAUGAACUCGACUUUCUCAAGAAGAUUGAUGGAAAUUGGAGAAUGGUUUAUUAUAUUCAGUCAGAAAAGAAGUUAAGAGAUGUUGACUUUUGAACAGCAAAUACUGUUGGAGAUAUACACAACAAAGACUUAUGACUUUGGGGAAUAAAAUCAACUUAGGAAAGAUCCCAUUUAAUAUCUUAAGGAAAAGCCUUAUUAAGAAUCAAUUGAGAAUAUUUGAUCCUAGCAGACCAGAGACAAUGAUUGUGGUGAUUUAUGAUAGAUCAGAAGCUGUUGUGGACUUUCUGCUAGACUUUUAGGUGAGGGUUUUGAAGUUUAAUUUAGCUGUUGGUUUUACCUAUUAACUAUGUUCCCAUAUAGUAAAUAGAUGUCAGGCCAAGUGAGUUGGGUAAACUGUUGUAGAAAUGUAUAAAUUGUGUGCCUACUUUAGAAGGGGAUAGAAGGUGUAAUAUCUGAAAUAUAUUUAUCAGUAUUAGGUAAUGUCUGUUUUUUGUUUACUUUUUAUGCACAUUUUUUGUGUAGA